GAUAAAUAUACAUAAGAAUGUGUGGCCAGUGUUAUUAUCGGAGAUACAUGCGUACCGUGUACAUGACUCUUACAUACACACACUACAGAGCCAGAAAGUACAACACAAACACCACACCACACUACACAACAACACAAUCAACAGUGAACACAUUUGUUACACAGUUCCAAACAUGGCACAAGUGAGGAACAAACAAGUGAUUCUGAAUGAUUAUGUUACUGGUUUCCCUAAAGAAUCAGACAUGACCAUAGUUGACAGUACCAUAACUCUUAAGAUUCCAGAAGGUUCCAACGAUCUUGUUCUACUCAAAAAUCUAUACUUGUCUUGUGAUCCUUACAUGCGGAUUCUCAUGACCAAGGAUACUACUGCUGGACUUGGUGCUCUCACCCCUGGUUCGCCUAUGACAGGACUUGGAGUGUCUAAAGUUGUAGAAUCUGGGGAUCCAGAAUAUAAGAAAGAUGAUUUAGUUUGGGGUAUGACUAAAUGGGAAGAGUACAGCUUGAUUCCUGCAGCUCAAAUACUUUUCAAAAUUGAGCAUACUGAUGUUCCACUUUCUUACUAUACCGGAAUUCUCGGUAUGCCCGGAAUGACUGCUUAUGCAGGUUUCUUUGAAGUAGGAAGUCCUAAGAAAGGAGAGAAUGUUUUUGUUUCAGCUGCCUCUGGUGCUGUUGGUCAACUUGUUGGCCAAUUUGCUAAAUUGCACGGUUGUUAUGUGGUUGGAAGUGCUGGAACUAAAGAAAAGGUAGAUCUGUUGAAGAAUAAAUUCGGAUAUGAUGAAGCCUUUAACUACAAAGAAGAGCAAGACCUCGACGCAGCUUUGAAAAGAUACUUUCCAGAAGGCAUUGACAUUUACUUCGAGAAUGUUGGGGGAAAGACACUUGAUGCUGUACUUUUGAAUAUGAGAGUCCAUGGUCGCAUACCUGUCUGUGGAAUGAUUUCACAGUAUAAUCUUGCUCAACCAGACGGUGUAACGAAUUUGGCACAUAUCAUAUAUAAGCGGAUUCGAAUAGAAGGUUUUGUUGUAUUUGAGUACUAUCACCUUUAUACGAAAUUCUUGGAGUUUGUUUUGCCUCUUAUAAGAGAAGGAAGGAUUGUGUAUGUUGAAGACAUAGCUGAGGGUCUUGAGAAUGGUCCUGCAGCUUUGGUUGGCCUUUUUAGUGGUCGCAAUGUCGGUAAACAAGUUCUUGUUGUUGCUCAUGAGUGAAUCAAUGGAGAUGCUUUUAAAGACACUCCUUGUGGCUUUGAUAGUUGAUUCUUUUGCAGUUGAAGCACUAGACUUAUCUAAGGAAUUCAUUUUGUUGUCCUAUAUAUACUACCCUGGCUGGAGUAGCUACUACACUGUCUUUUAGCCUCUAUUUGAUUUAAAACCACUCUAGUCUUUUGAAUGGAAUAAUGAUUAUGAUUUGUAAUUUUAAGCUCAUUAUUAUUGAUGCCUAAGGAGCUCUCUUUAUGAAGAUGAACAAUCAGUAAUUGUUGUUUGAAAUAGUAAAAAAAUUGUCCUUA